AAUCACAGCUCUAUUGUUUAACGUAAAGCCUAGAAAACUACACAUCAUUCCUUUUAAAACAUCACUGGACAGAGAGCCGAAAUCUCUUCCUCUCCGCAACCAAACGCGCCGUUUGAAGCCUCCUCCGUGCUACCACCCAUGGCGGCUGUGACCCGCCUCUUCAGAUCUUCUUCGUCGUCCUCCUCCGCCCUGUUUUACAUCCGGAGGUCUCUGUCCACGUCGGCCGCCACCGAAUUAAAAUCCCAAACCUGCCCACCCCGCAUAGAUCCUAAGGGCAGGAAUGUCCAGUGGGUAUUUUUGGGAUGCCCUGGUGUAGGAAAAGGUACGUACGCGAGUCGCCUCUCUGCUCUCCUCGGCGUUCCACACAUCGCCACCGGCGAUCUCGUUCGCGAAGAGCUCUCGUCGUCUGGUCCUUUAUCAAAGCAACUUGCGGACAUCGUGAACCAAGGGAAAUUGGUGUCGGAUGAGAUAAUUAUAAAUUUAUUGUCAAAGAGGCUUGAGAUGGGAGAAGCCAAAGGAGAAUCAGGAUUCAUACUUGAUGGGUUUCCCCGCACAGUACGACAAGCAGAAAUAUUGGAUGAAGUCACAGACAUUGAGCUGGUGGUAAACCUCAAGCUCCCAGAAAAUGUACUACUAGAGAAGUGCCUUGGAAGAAGGAUUUGCAGCCAAUGUGGGAAGAACUUUAAUCUGGCAUCGAUCAAUGUCAAGGGUGAAAAUGGGAAUCCUGACAUAAGUAUGGCCCCUCUUCUACCUCCUUCUCAGUGUGCUUCCAAGCUCAUUACUCGCUCAGAUGAUACUGAGACUAUUAUAAGAGAAAGACUUCGUGUUUACAAUGAAAAGAGUCAGCCGGUGGAGGAUUUUUAUCGCGGCCAAGGGAAAUUGCUGGAAUUUGAUUUGCCUGGAGGCAUCCCAGAGUCCUGGCCGAAGUUGCUAGAAGCACUGAACCUUGAUGAGAAUGAUGAUAAACAGGCUGCCACAGCAUAGAAUCUGAUGGAUGCUUUGCAUGUUUCAUUCACCGCAUGCUUAAAAUUUUGCCGAAAGCAGAACUUUUUUUCAUUUGCUUACUUUCUUUUCCCCAAUAUGGGAGCAAUAACAAAACAAUGUAGUUCACUCGGCCAUUAAUACUGAUGGCUGCAUUUUACAUUUCUAAAUAUUUUAAUUGAUUGUAACAUUAUAGGAAAGAGGGUUGCUGCGAGAGUUUAAUAUUUCUCUUGACGUAAGUGUAAUAAAAAUCUGAAACAGUUAAAGAAA